AUGGCGACGGCGCUACAGAAACAGCUCGCAUCCAUUGCGGCUUCGAGCACCCAUCAGCUCGACCUGCGCGCGCAAAAGUCGGCGCAUGGCAAAUCGCUGCUAUUCGAUUCCAAGAUCGCCGCAUCGCAAUCCUUCGAAACCAUCUACCUAAUCUGCUACGAUGGCUACAAGGACCUUUGCGCAUUGGAUCCCAGGUUUCUGCGCUUCUCGAAGAAUCUGUUCAGCGAACAGAGCAAGUCGGAAGAUCGCACGCAGAUGAGCAAGGAUGAAAACGCAAAGUUGAACACAGUACUCGAGGCAUUCAUCACGCUGGUCGGACCAAGGCUACUGUUGAAGCCGGCGGAGAAGGCCCUUGAGUGGCUGGUGAGGAGAUUCCGUAUCCACGAGUACAACACCGAAACCCUCGUCUUUACCUACCUGCCCUACCACAACACACCACAGUUCCUUGCACUGCUCUCCAUCCUACCCGCACAACCACCGCACGCUAUCCGCUUCCUCUUUCCCUACAUCCAGGCGCCAACCAAAAUACCCCAGCGUACGAUCGCAUACACUGCCAUCAAUACCCCGCAGUUCUUCAACGCCUACCAAUCAUAUGUAACCAAGGUGGUAGAGGCGGGCCACCAGGCCUCGCAUAUGCUGUCCUUCUGGUCAGGAACCACAGUUGAGGCUAUAUACGGCAUAGUGAGCAACGCAAGCUCUGGCAGAAAGGACCUCCAGGACCAGGGAACUGAGAAGCUGGUCUUGGAAUUGCUCCCUGUCCUCAACAGCUGCAUGCGGGCAAAGCAUGGGGCUGACACGGUCCUGGCCUGUUACGCUAUCGUCAUUAUGAUGGUCAACCAGGCCAAGGUCGGAGACAAGGUCUUGGAUGGACUGAUGGAAGCUGUCAUUGCAGCCCAUGACGAAACAUCCCUUCAGUCAUGCCUUGCAUGCCUAGCUAUCAUCGCCAUGGAGCGCUCCAAGGCGCAAAUCCCUGCCAAAGUAUCAAAAAAACUGCUCAACGUCCCGCAACUCGUGCAGAAAUUGACGGCGCUGUCACAUCAAUGUCAGGUCGAACGACUGGUCCUGGGCUGCGCUCUCGGUGCGCUCAGUGAUAGCUCCGACGAGAACCGUGAAAUCUUCAGCGAGUUGAUCGCAUCUGGCCUGCUCACUACGUCGCGCGUUCAGAUGGUGCUCUCAGCACUGGUUCAACUCCUUCGCGAUAGUGCGCCGGGUUCCCAAGAGCACGGAGAGGUUCUUCAGCUCGCUACCAAGAUGACCGAAUCUAAGGAGCUACAAAUCAUAAUGCAGGAAGUGGCGAAGCAGAACAAUGUCGAUCUGGAAUCGUUGGGACUCACUGUUGGCCAAACAUUCGAUAUCGCGGAGAUUCCCGAAGAGGAUUCGGACGAGGAGAUGCUCGAUGCCGAUGAGGAUGCAACCGAGAAGCCCCUCAUACAGGUGCCCGAGAUCACCAGCAAGAGCUUCUUCGAUGCCGGUUCAGAAAGCGAGUUCAUACAAGUCGCCGACGUUUUCGAGCAGGCUGUGGCCACAAAACAGACCCGGCACUUCCUCGUUUCAGACACGUUGCAGCAAGAUUCCGCGUUCAAGCAACCAAUCUACCUUUCGUUCCUUGCUCGCGUGUGGAGUAGCAUCCGACCAGUCGCUGUCCGCGUUGCCGCACUUCGUGCAGCCGCAUCAUCAUUCGAAAAGAUUGAAGCUGCACAUGUUCUGCAGAACAUCUUGCCGUACCUUAUUCACGCGCUCACUGAUUCAUCCCCACUCAUCCGACGUUCAGCAGCCGCAUGUGUCGGAUCUCUGGCACGAAAGGCCUCCGCCAAGUCAAAGGCGCAAACCUGGGGAAAAACAGACCUCUAUGGGAAGGAAUCAAAGGCCCUUGCAGAGCUCAAGCCUGAGGAUGUCCUGGUUUUUGUUUCGUCGAUGCUGCAACCGAUCUUGGAAGAAUGCGUGAUGGACUCAAAGUUCGUCAUACCUGCGCUUCGCGAUGUUCUGGAAGGCACACAGUUGAAGAACCACACCAAAAACACGAUCAAGAUGCAAACCAGGACAUUAGUCCUGGGAUUCCUCGCAAGCCAUGCCAGUCUUACGCCAGUGUUGAGGGUGCGACUUAGCCUUCUACCAGUCGCGAACAUACGCGGCAAAGUUUCCGACACGGUUCGCAGUAACACCAUGAUUCCCUUGCUCACCGCAUGGUCUAGUCUUCCAACUGCGACCGUGACCGCUAGCUGCAACAGCGAAGGCCUUUCGCUUGAUGAGGUGGAGCGGGCUCACAUUACUUCCACAAUGCCCAGAGAGGCGAAGAGCGCUCAGCUGCUCCAGGACAUAAUCUCUGGAACCCUCAACAAGGACCGCGAAACUCUGGUUAUUGCUGCUUUCCAGCGCAUCCAUACCUCGUGGUCGUCCUUCAGAUCUGAAGCUCGACACGCAUUGGCCCAGUGCAUGCUCGGUCUCUCUACCAGUGAAAGCGACACCUCUUUCGACAAGCUCUGCAGAGAGCAGUCCAUUGAGAUACUGCGCAGCGUCGAUCUUGAUUCCGCUAUUCUCGUUUCUUUCUUGGAAAGCAUUCCAUCCCCUACAGCUAUGCCUGGAGGAGCGCCUGCUGCGAAGAGAAGACGAACAAGCCGAAGUGAGAUGGCCCGCGUGGAGCUUUCGUCUCAAGAUGACGUUCAGCGACUUCUCCGAAAGCUCACAUUGGUUCUUGAGCUAGUUGAGGGAUCCAAUCCAGGACAACACCCAACGCUGUUCAAGCACCUCUUUGGUAUCUUCGCGGAGCUGCAACCACUCAAGCAACAAUCUGGAUCCGAGCUAGUGUACCUGCAGAGCAUCAUUCUGGGCUCACUCAGCCCUAUCGUAAACACAUUGAAGGAACAGACGGACACCACAGACUACCAAUCAGCAGUACGAGCGGAUCUACUCAUUGACUGCAUUCGACACUCCGGCAGUCCUCAAGUUCAGAACAGUGCUCUCCUGCUCAUUUCCAACCUCGCAUCAUGGGUACCCGAUCUCAUCCUUCAUAAUCUUAUGCCCAUCUUCACCUUCAUCGGAUCUACUCUACUUCGCCAACAUGACGACUACUCCGCCCAAGUCGUCGAUAAGACCAUUUCCCGUGUUGUACCCCAACUGGCAGCUUCUCUCCGCUCAAAACACAGGGACUUUAUCGCUGGAGUGUCCGAUCUGUUGCUCAGUUUCACUGCUGCCUUUGAACACAUUCCCCUGCACAGGAGGAUGAAGCUGUUCACAGAGCUUGCUCGCACACUAGGCCCUGAAGACUCGCUUCCGGCUAUUGUGGCGCUACUUGCCGAUCGCUACCACAGCAAAGAGCAGCGAAGGUUCUGUGCCGAUUUGCUACUUCAUUUCGAACCUGUACACACCCUUGUUACUUUCAAGGGUUACCUCGACCUACUCACUGAUGCAGUGGGGCCGAAGCCUCAGGUCUCGGAGACGCUGUUCAGCCUUAAGGAGAAGACAAAAGACAACAAGUUCGAUCUAUCAAUCCAGAGCAUGCUGUCUUGCUUGACAGAUCUUGCACUCGAUGACAAGGUGAAAGCGCAUGUCACCCGAGCGUACAGAAAGAAGGAUGACCCUGAACGGCCACGAAGGAUCUUCGCAAACAUUGUCGAAACUACUAUUCAGUUGUCAAAGAAGCUGGCAACGAACCCCAAGACAUACGCAGGUUGCAGCCGUGUCCUUGCCAGCUGCCUGGAUCUCCUACCAACAACUGAUCUCGUCAAAUCGGCACAGCUACUCCUUUCAAGCGCGGACUCUCAUGUGCAAGUUGCCGCCGUCAAGUCAGUUGAGCUACGCGCUGGCACCGCUAAGCAGCAUGACCGCAAGUCUGUAGAGGCCCUGAUCGCUUUCCUCCCUAGUGUCCAGGAUCUUCUAGAGCAAUCACCCGAGAUAGACGCUAAGAUGGUAGCUGUUAGCUGCAUUGACCGCAUCAUCGAGCGAUUCGGAAAGAAGGACGUGUCUGCUGUUGCAUCAGUUGCCCAAAUCGUCUCCGGACCACAAUCGCUAUCCAGCAGCGAUGACCGCCUCCGCAUCCUAUCUCUCCUCUGCCUUACGUCUGUUGUUGACGUGCUCGAGGAUGAAGCCAUCUCGCUUCUUCCUACCGUCUUGCCAACAGCGUUCGAAUACUUGUCGCAUGCGAUCGAAGAAGAGAAGACUGGUCUACACAAUGCUGUGUUCACCAUUCUCUCAAAUAUUGUAGAACGACUGGGGUACAUGUUCUCGCGCGACUAUCUCGAGACAGCUCUUCGGUUGUGCCACCGCUCCGCUGCUGCCGAUCUGGAACAGGCUUGCGACGAAAGCCGCAGCAGUUUCUUCCAGAGCGUAUCUGAGCACCUGGGUGCCCAGGAAGUCUUCGCUGCUCUGAAGUCGACAUGGCCAGAUGCCGCCUCUCAAGGAUUUGAUGCCUCGCUCGAGCAGCUUGAGCUUCUGCGUGCGACUGUCAACACCCAAACCAAAGCUAAGCUUGUUAAAGCCAGCCCGCCACUCUUCAGCCUGCUUCUGCAGACUUUCCGCCUACGUGAGACUGUUCAAUCUGCCACGGUGGAGGUUGACGACGAAGAGAUCGAACAGCUGGAAGGCACUCUUACGGAUUCGGUCAUUGCUAUGGUAUUGAAGCUCAGUGAUGCUACCUUCCGUCCUUUCUUCGUACAGCUCGUGGACCAAGAGGGCCCCGUUUCUUCCAAGCCUGAACGAGCUAUCACCUUCUACAAGUUCCUUGCCGCUUUCUUCGACAAAUUCAAGUCUCUUGUAACAAGCUAUUCGAGCUACAUCAUCGAGCAUGCUGCGAAGAUGCUUAUCGGACUUGCUAAGGACGACUCAGAGGUCGCCACCCGCAGCGCUGUUCUCGCAGCCCUCCAGAAGACAUUCCAGCAUGACCAAGACGGUUUCUGGCAGGCGCCAUCCCACUUCGGAACGAUAAUGCCACCUUUGUUGUCUCUGCUCAACCUCCCGUCUGCCUCUACUUCUACUCCAGAGAACAACACCAACAACGUUAUUCCCACCAUCACCGAACUCGCUGUUGCAUCUGCAUCAUCUAUGGAGAAUCACCGUGAGAUGAACAGCAUAUUGCUGAAGAACAUGAGAAGCGAGGACAGAAACACAAGACUCGCAACAGUUCUGUGUGAGCAAAGCUUGACGAGGAGGCUGGGUGAAGAAUGGUUGGGCUUGCUACCUGAGAUGCUACCGUUCAUUAGUGAGCUCAUGGAAGAUGACGAUGAGAUUGUAGAGAGAGAGUGCCAGAGGUGGAAGAAUGGCAUGGAGGAGAUUCUGGGAGAAAGCUUAGAGGGUAUGCUGCAGUAG